CAGUUACUUUUCAUUUGCAGGGUAUUUGCCAUGGUGUCUCUGAAGCUUCAAAAGCGUUUGGCCGCCUCGGUCUUGAAGUGCGGCAAGCGCAAAAUCUGGUUGGACCCGAACGAAUCGACCGAAAUCGCGUUGGCCAACUCGCGCCAAAACAUCCGCAAGUUGGUCAAGGAUGGUUUCGUCAUCCGCAAGCCUGAAAUCAUCCACUCGCGCGCUCGCUUCACCAAGCGCAACGCCGCCAAGCGAAAGGGUCGCCACACCGGCAUUGGUAAGCGCCGUGGUACGGCCAACGCCCGCCUGCCCUUCAAGGUGAUCUGGAUGCGCCGCAUGCGCGUGUUGCGCCGCCUUCUCCGCAAGUACCGUGACUCGAAGAAGAUCGACAAGCACAUGUACCACGACUUGUACAUGCGCUCCAAGGGUAACCAGUUCAAGAACAAGCGUGUGUUGAUGGAGAUCAUCCACAAGAUGAAGGCUGAAUACUUGCGCGAAAAGUCCCUCAAGGACCAAUCGGCCGCCCGCCAAGAAAAGGCCCGCGUCGCUCGCGACCGCAAGGCCGGUAAAGACGACAAGCAAUAAACUUGUUGGCCCUGAACGACAUGGACAAACCCUUGACCCUGCUAAAAAGUUAAUGGAGAUCGCCCCGGUUUCCACGUGUCUCUUUCAUCAUGGAAC